AUGAUUGUCUGUACCCUUGUCUUUCUCAACCUGCAAAUAUGCAAGAAAAUUCAAAAAGGUUAGUUAAAUUUAAAAAAAAAAAUUGACUUCAAAAAAUCUUUUUUUUUCAGAUCUUCAACUCCAACAUUCUACGAUCAGAGUUGUAAAUAUUCAAAGAGAAAUAAAUGUCAAAUUUAAAGGUAAGCAGAGUGUACAUAGUAAAUUGAAAACAUUUUCGAGGCUGUACAUAAAACGCGUUUUUAUUUGUAACUCAUUUUUAAGAAACAUUUUUGAUUUUAUACCCAAAUACCCAAUUUUUUAGACUAAAUCAGCAAAUAACUAUACUGUAACCUCAAAUAUAAUUUUUUCAGGAAUACCAGCUUCAACAAUUUGCAAAAAAAAUGAUAUUAUCUGCAACAAGAAUUCAAGUUAUUCAAUGAAAAAUAAAUCGAUUUCGAAGGUAAGCUAUUCAAGAAAAAAGGAUUGUGAGUUGCCAAAAAAGUAGGAGAGACAAUGUGAAAUUGAGAGAGUGCAGACAGAAAAAUUAGUUUUCUGUAUUUUUUGUGCGAAAAAUUAAUCUGUCUGUCUGCACUCUCUCAAUUUUACGUUGUCUCUACUCAAAAAUAACGAACUGUAUAUUUUGUUUUUCGACGUUUUUCUGCACAGGAAAAAUAUGUUUUUUAUUACAAAAUAUUAAUCUGCAUAGGCCCACAACACAAUCUUACAUUAGGGCUGGGAGAUUUCAAAAAUUGGUUUUUUUUUUCUUAAUGUUUUCAUCAACCCGUGUUUUUUUCAGGGAACUAGCAUUUGA